AUGGCCCGACAGUCUCUUUACGCUAUGGAAUUAGCCACAAGAAGUGAGGACUGUGAAUGGGAAUGGUGUGUGCAGUCACACUUCAAAGGAUGUGCAUACACUGGCAGUGACCCACAUCUACACCAACAACAGAAUCAACAACAACAACAACAACCGGAACCGUUGCUACUGAGUAUGAAAGAGCAGCGGUGUCGAGAUGCAAUGUUGCGUGAGAUUGAGCGACUCACACGC